AUGGCAAAAAGUGGAAUCAUCAGUGGAAAAUUUUCAAAAGAUUUUGCAUGGGGGGUUUCAACAUCAGCUUAUCAGAUUGAAGGAGCUUGGGAGGAUGAUGGCAAAGGAAAAAGCAUUUGGGAUGAUUUUACUCACACAUCGGGCCAUGUUGAGGAUUCAAAAAAUGGCGAUGUCGCUUGCGAUUCGUACAAUAAAGUAGAAGAAGAUGUGAAAAUGCUGAAAGACCUCGGAGUCUCUCAUUAUCGAUUUUCAUUCUCAUGGCCUCGAAUUAUGCCAUCUGGAAAGCGUACGGAAAUCAACAAAGCUGGUGUCGAUUAUUAUAAUAAAUUAAUUGAUCUUCUUAUCAAAAACAAUAUCCAACCAAUGGCGACUUUAUAUCAUUGGGAUCUCCCUUCAGCACUUGAAGACAUCGGGGGUUGGCUGAAUGAGGAAAUAAGUGAUCUGUUUGCGGAUUACGCUGAUUACUGUUUUGAGCAAUUUGGUGAUAGGGUAAAGCUAUGGGUUACAAUUAACGAACCUCAGAUUGUUGCGUACUUGGGAUAUUGCGUCGGUUUGCAUGCCCCUGGUGUUAAAGAUACGCUAAAUAAGCCCUAUCUUGUGUCGAGAGUGUUACUUUUAUCUCAUGCAAAAGCAUAUCGAGUCUACGAUAAAAAAUAUCGAGCAAAACAAGGAGGAAAAUUAUCUAUCGCUAUAAACUCGGAUUGGGGUGAACCAGCCAAUGGCGGAAAAGAUCAAAAAGAUGUUGACGCAGCAAAUUUGCAUAUGCAAUUUACAAAUUGCUGGUUUGCUGAUCCCGUAUUCUUGUCCGGGGAUUACCCCCCGUUGAUGAAAAAAGCUUUAGAAAAAAAAUGGAAAGAAGAAGGCUGUGAUACAUGUCGUUUGCCGACUUUCACAGAUGAAGAAAAAAAAUUAUUGAAAGGGAGCUUUGAUUAUUUCGCUCUGAAUUAUUACACAACAAGAAUUAUCAAUCCAGCAACGGAAGAAUCCGAAAACCGCUUCCAUCCUGAUUUAGAGGUAGAAGCGAAGACUGAUCCAACAUGGGAAAGAGCUGGAUCUCAGUGGCUUUACAUUGUACCAUGGGGUUUGAGAAAGUUGUUAAACUUCAUCAAAAAUCGCUACAACAGCCCUACAAUUAUGAUCACUGAGAAUGGUUGUUCUACUAAGCAUGCUCCAGAAGCCCCAUUAGAUGAAACACUUCAGAAAGAUGACACACAACGAGCUGAAUAUAUAAAAUCUCACGUCCAAGAAGUUUUGAAAGCCUACAAGGAAGAUGGUGUUGAUAUCCAAGGAUAUUAUGUCUGGUCCUUGAUGGAUAAUUUUGAAUGGAGUGCCGGAUAUACAGAAAGAUUCGGACUUUAUCAUGUUGAUUUUGAGAGCGGAAAACGCACGCCAAGGAAGUCUGCGGAAGUCUAUAAAAGCAUUGUUGCAAAUAACGGAUUUUGA